UCUGUGUCCAUCAAUUCUUUGCUGCAAGCCUUUUUUGAGCCAUGUGACAUACCCUCACCUCAAAGUUAAACAAGUCAAUAGUUCCAUGUUUUCUAGUAGUUUGUGCUUUUACCCUCCUAGUACAACAACCGUUUCAUGUUGAAAAUCUUCUGCAUGUUCUUCAAAUUUUAAGUUCCCGUGUUGAUGAUAUCAUCAGUUAUAAAUCACCGAUCUACUGAUUUACCAUGUCGUCCUUUUUUACUUUCUGUAGAUGAAGAGCAUAUUACUACAGGUGUUGGCUUUUUGGGACCAGCAGAGAAUUGUCACAAUUCAAAGGCUGUGAACAGCUGCAGCAGAUGAAGGACUACAGGUAACUAUAGUUAAGAGCAACAAGAGGCAAAGCAAAGUGUGUCUGCUUAAAGAAAACUUACAAGAAUGAGAAAACAAACCCUUACAAGAGAAAAAGAAGAGAGCCAAAGAUAGGAAAAAAAGGGAGAGACAAUUUGAAACAAAAGAGAGAAAAAAAAAAACUGGAUUUCAGUGGGAAUCAGCAUCAACCACUAAGCCCUUUACAAAGUGUACAUGAAUCACAACAUCAAAACUUGAUCAGCACAAACACUGCUCCUUUUCAAUAUCCUCACCAAGUACCACCCCAAAACCAACCUCAAUAUGCUGAUCAAGGCAUAAAAAGUAGUUCCCACCAAAUAGAACCACCUACUACUACUACUACUUUUUUGAGACAAACCAUAGAACACACAAGGCACAAGAGAGGAGGGACAACUUCAAGGGGCAUGAGGAGCAGUGUAGGGGAGAUUGUUCAGGUAGAAGGAGGACACAUUGUUAGGUCCACAGGUAGAAAAGAUCGCCACAGCAAGGUUUACACUUCCAAAGGGCCACGCGACCGCCGAGUUAGACUCUCGGCACACACAGCCAUUGAGUUCUAUGAUGUUCAAGACAGGCUUGGCUAUGACAGACCAAGCAAGGCUGUGGACUGGCUCAUCAAGAAGGCAAAGACUUCCAUUGACAAGCUUGCUGAGCUUCCUCCAUGGCAUCCUACCACUCAUGAGGAAGAACACAAUGAUGCUGCAGGCUCAAGCGGAAUCCUGGCCCUCGAACAACAACAACAACAACGACAACAGCAGCAGCAACAGCAACAACAACAACGACAGCAGCAAGAACAGCAAUCAGAGUCAUGUGGUUACAACUUUCAGCUCCAAAGGCAAUUAGGGGCCUUAAUUUCACCCCAUGUUGACACUGACCCGAUGGCUUUGUUUCCCACAACCUCUUCCACUUCCUCCAUCAAUUUCCAAACCAACAACUCCUCAGAAGAUCUUGGCCUAUCUCUCCAUUGCUUCCAAGACCACCCGGGCCUCAUUCAUUGGCAACAACCACAACAAGCAGGUGCAAAUCAAACACCUUCAAAUGAACACCAAAUCCAAACCCUUCUGGCCCCAGUUGGGUUUGAGAACCAUUAUCAAAGAGCUGUGAAUUGGAACAAUGAAGUAGCAACCACGGAUCAGUUGAACAGAUUGGGGUUCAUGCUCAACUCACAGCCAUUUAUAGGCCAAGGUUCUGCUUCAGCUUAUGCUCAAAGUGGAACUCUUCAGUCCAGUUUCUCAUUUCCAAUGACUUCCUCUGAGCAUCACAGGUCACAGCCAGUGAACCAACCUUCCAUCUUUGGCAACAGGUUUAUGUCUGAUGGGUUAGCUGGGUACUGCAUUCCAGAUAGAAUUCAAGGUGUGGAAGAGAACCAUGAAGUUGCUUCCACUAGGCCACCUUCUGCUUCUCCAAGUUCGAUCCACUGACCCCACAACAAGAACUGAAAAAUGCUGUAGUCUUCCUACCAGGAGUGUCCUCUACCAGAUUUGCAACUGUGUGAAGAUUCUAGGCACAUUGUUAUGAUCUACAAAGUUCUCCUUUCAAUUUGGCUUUCCUUUUUUGGUUUUAACUUUUAAAUUAAAGUGAGUUCCUUGAUUCAACCCUGCUAUCUAUUUGUAUAAUUUACAUUGAUGAAAAUGACCUUGAGGUGGAUUUCGUUGUUAUAGUUCUCACUGUAUCGUGAAUAUUGAGAUUGAGAAUAACAUAUAUUUCAUCUUA